AUGGACGCUAAUGGCUCUCUGAUCUUGUUCGCGGUGCUAGUAGUACUGCUCAUCUUGUGCUGCUGCUGCUUGUCCGCGGGACGACCGGAGCAGCCGGCCGAGUCCCCGGAGCAGAGGGUCGCGAGGGUGUUGGCGGAGUGGGAAGCGUUGGCGGCGAGAGCGGAGGCAGCGUUGGCAGCGCAGGCGGCGGCGGCGGCGCCCGUGCUGACGCCGCUGCCGUACUUCCCGUACGCACCGCGUGGCGGCGUGGCGGUGGAGUGCUCCAUUUGCCUCGAGCCGCUCCGGCAAUGGCAGCUUUGCAGCGAGGUGCCGGCGUGCCGCCACGUGUUCCACAGGGAGUGCCUCGGCGCGUGGGCGAGGAGCAACGGUAGCUGCCCGCUGUGCAGGGCGAAGAUCGUGCCGGGACCAUCAGAUGGAGUAGCGGUUGCUGAUGACAUGGCGUAG